CACCAGCAGGGUGCAGCAUUGCAAACAAAGCCAGGUUGCUUUCGGCGGAAGUACAUAGUGUUAAGACUCGAAGAAAAAAAACUAUUCUUUAAUAUUUGUAUGUUUUAAUUUAUAACAUGGCGCUGGUUCCUUAUGUAGAGAACGCGUUACCUGCGCUUGCCAAACUUCAGAAUUCAUCCGCGCGUUUUCAUUUCGCCAACCGUGACAUUUGCCUGGCCCAAGACUGGAGGAAGCUUGGAGUUGCAGCAGUUGUAUGGGACGCGGCAGUUGUCAUGUGUGUGUACUUAGAGCUGAGCCAGGUGGAGCUCCGGGGGAAGGUGGCCAUUGAGCUGGGAGCUGGAACCGGACUGGUGGGCAUCGUUGCAGCCUUGCUGGGUGCCAAGGUGACAAUCACCGACAGGAAGCCCGCCCUGGACUUCCUGUCUGCCAACGUAAAAGGCAACCUUCCUCCUGACCUCCAAGAGUCCGCGGUGGUCUCUGAGCUGUCUUGGGGGGACAACCUUGACCGCUACCCAGCAGAGGGAUACGACCUGGUGCUCGGAGCCGACAUAGUUUACCUGGAGGACACCUUUGUGCCACUGAUGGAGACACUGCAGCACCUGUGCGCGGACACCACCGUCGUGCUGCUGGCAUGCAAGAUCCGCUACGAGCGAGAUACCAACUUCUUGAGCAUGCUGAGGCAACGCUUCACCGUCACGGAGGUCUACUACGACAAAGAAAGGGAUAUUCAUAUAUAUAAAGCCGGGAAACAAACAUCCAGGAGCGGUUUGUGAUUCCCUGGCUACAUAACAUGUUUUGAAUUCAAUAUUAGCAGAAACACAUUUAUUACCAGCUGGUAAAAUGUAACAGCUGUAACAAUGUUUCAUAUAGCUUGGCGCUGACAUACAUUUUCUCACUGGAAAUGAAUAAAAAGCCACAUAACAUAAAAAUAAGGACUUUACACAAUACCUAAAAAUACAAUAUGGCAUCCCAUCAUCAAGUCUCCUUGCUUUGGCUGCACUUUACAAUCCAUUUGCAAAAAUGCCACAAUUGUGAAAAAGCAAAAGCAUUCCCAAACAUGUAAUAAUCAGCUGCUGCCUGAGACUUAGCUCGUAAAUAACGUGAAAUGUAUCUGGAUUGUUUCAGCAAGGAAAAGUGCACAAUCACCUCAUCUUAUUAGAACGUUACAAACUUUGCGAAAAAGUCUUAAAAGUUGAAAUACGUCACAACAGGCGGUCUGUCAGCGUGUAUUUCUUCUAUUGCAUAACAAGUUGUAAGCAGGGCUCAUUAUUUUUGGUUUUAAUUUGUAAAAAUAAGGGCAUCAGCAGUGAUGGAUUGGAUUAAAAGCCACAAUACAAAAGUUUUUUUAUUCCUCACAAUAUACUUGGAUCUCACACACGCUAGCCACUUUGUGGCUGUUCAUUUUUCUCACGUUAUUUCCUAUCUCUUCACUCCUAGGGCCAAGACAGGACCUCGUUUAUUGCGAAUGUGUGUGCAGUUCCCGUUUUUCAGUUAUUUUUAUUUAAUUUUUUUUAAAUUGGUGAUGACUAGAAAAACAAAACAAAAAAUAAUGGCCCUGCGGUAAUAAGGUUGGAGACGCUGCGCCAGUUAAAAAAGAUAGCUUGUGUUUUCUGUUGCGUUAAAGAAACCCAAAUUUAAAAGGUUAACCAUUUUGUUGAUGCAGAGAUAGUGAACAGGUGAAAUGGCAUUUGAGGAACACAAACACAGUUUAAAGAUAAAAAGUUCCAGAAUGCAUUGUCGACACCCUGUGACGCAGCUUGUGUUAAAGCCAAGUUUGGAUGACAUGAAAUCUCCAAGUGUGCCGUGCGCCUCGACGGCGGGGGUGAGAGGGGGGGUUUGGUCGGGUGGUAACUGUUUACUCGUUAGCUCCGUGACAUCUUCAUCCGCAGCUUUAAGUUCAAACCACAAUCGGUGACAGAAUGCUUCCCUUUGGGUCACGCCACCACAUCAUUCAUGUGUGUGUUGAUGCGUGCUCCUUGGAGGACAAAUCUCCAAGUUGCCACGGGAACAGAACGCUAACUUAAGAGCGGGAGGUUGGUUUUUUUCCUAAUGGGUCACAUGAUUACUUUCAGUUUUUUUUAAAAACAGAAAGCAAAACAAGUAGAAAAGGGAGACCAGCAACCAUAUGCAUGGCUCUUUACGGAGUCUCUGUACAUGGGGGCUGUUGGGCGAUGAGUGCUUUACUCAGAUUUGUGGCAGUACAAGUCUUUUAGGGCUUUAAGUUCCUCAAUGAGGGUUUUGUUCUGGUUCUCCAGCACUGCCACACGGUUCUCCAAACACUUCACAUACUCCUUCUUCUUCCUGCGACACUCACGGGCAGCCUCUCUGCGGGGGGAAAAAAAAAAUGCCUAUUAGGUUUUUAGAAGUUGGGGAUUACAGUGGUACCCCAAUUUAAGAAUGUUUUGUGUCACCCCAGAUCACACCUCACUCCUACUUACUUCUCCAAAGUGGGCUGGUUCAGGGUGGAGGACAGAGCUAAACAACUUGCACUGAGCCUAGUCUAUAAAAUCCGCUACACCUCCCUGAUACCGAAGUACACGUCAAACUACUUCCAUAACGUAAAUGAACGCUAUAACCACAACACCAGGGGGAGCUCCACAAACCACGUUAAACCCAGAUUCCGAUCGAACAAAGGUCUUAACUCUCCUUCUAUGCCACAUCAAUAUGGAAUGCACUCCCAACGGGUGUAAAAGAAAGUGCAUCUCUAUCCUCCUUCAAAACCGCACUAAAAGAACAGCUCCGGGCAAUUUCAACCCUUGACUAAUACCAUCCGGAUUGUAAAUAAUCAAAUGUAUAUACUUGUUCUUAUGCUUUCUGAACUCACUAUGUUCACUGCUCGCUGUAAAUAUCCUACCAAGUCAGACCUACACUGUUUGAAUGUCCAUUUCUCUGACGAUGCAAUUGCUGAUGACUGAAGUGCUGAUAUCAACCAAAUUUAACCCCCCCACCAUAUCCCACCCCCCGGAUUGUAAAUGAUGUAAAUAAUUCAAUGUAUAUACUCUGAUGAUUAACUUGUGUGAUGACUGUAUUAUGCUGAUAGUAUAUAUUUGUACCAUGAAUUGCAUUACGUGGACCCCGACUUAAACAAGUUGAAAAACUAAUUCGGGUGUUACCAUUUAGUGGUCAAUUGUACGGAAUAUGUACUGUACUGUGCAAUCUACUAAUAAAAGUUUCAAUCAAUCAAUCAAAA